UUAUGUUCUCGUCAAAUAGGUGGUUCAAGAUAUCUCUGUUCCUCAUUAUAGUAUCCCUCUCGUGUCGAGAAACGAGAAGCUAAUCCUUUAGUUUCGGUAUUUAUAGCUUGAGGUUAGCAAUAAACUUAUUCUGCCUCUCUUCUCUCCAACCUCCUUAUAUUUCAUCUCUUCUUUUUUAGUUGUUUUAUCUUAUUCAGUAUCAACAACUUCAUCCUUUGUUUACUAUUAUCUGUCAGAAAGAGAUAGUUUCUUACUUGAUACCAUUCUAUUUGCUCAAACAACUCUUUAAUAGCAGGGAGAAUGUCCACAGUUAAGUUCUUUCUUCCCAGAACCUUCACUUACCUAAGCUUAAUAUUGUCUUUGACUAACUCUUUAAAUUUUUUACUCUGAAGAGUUUUACUUAUCAGAGUUUACACCAAAGGCUUGCGUAAGCUACUAAUCCACUCUCUUGAAAGCUACAUCACCUUCCACUUAUUUGGAAGAUAUUUCUCCCCAUCUCACUGCUCUGCAAAGAACUGGACUAGACAUUCUGUCUUCAGCCCAUUGAAGUUAGAAAGAUUCCUGGUGUUGACGUUUCUUGUCUGCAAAUACCUCUUCCUUUCACUAAUGAUAUCUGAUAUAUACAUUUUACAGUUCAUUGGUUAUAUGGAGGCAGAAAUGCCUGUCCUUCUGAAGUGAGGAGCCGAUAGAGCUCGUAUUUGGAGAAACUUUGCCUCCUAGUUAAAGCAAGCUGAUGAGCUUCAUGUUCAUGACUGGUUGAUCUUUCAUUAAUUAAAUAUAUGCAUCAGCUUGACUCUAAUUUUUACAGUUGGAUGCACCUUCUUCC